AGCCUACGUAAAUAGAGAGGCAGAACAUCAACUCAAGAGGAAGAAAGCUUUGAUCUGAAUUUCUUUCUUGCGAGAGAUAAAAGAGAGAGGAAAGAUGACCACUGUUGAAUUCGUUGUCAAGCUCCUUCUCCAAAAACUCAGUGACUUGUUAAUUCAAGAAGCCGAAUUCUUAAGUGGUGUUUGUGAUCAAGUCGAAUGGCUCCAGGCAGAAUUUAGGCGGAUGCAAUGCUUCUUGAAAGACGCAGACACCAAACAAGAAGGAGAUGAAAGAGUGAAGAACUGGGGGCGUGAUGUGAGAGAUGUUGCGUACGAUGCUGAGGAUGUCAUCGACACCUUUGUCUUCAGGACUGCAAUCUUGAAGCGAAGAGGAUUUGUGGGGGUCGUUAAAAGGUGGGCUUUCAUCUUCAAUAAGUUGGUGGCUCGACAUAAGUUGGUUUCAGAGAUCGAACGAAUAAGGAAUAAAAUUCGUGCGAUCUCCGAAAGUCGAUCGACUUAUGGAAUUGAAAAUAUAGGCCAGGAAGCAGAAAUGAGCUCCACCAGGCUAAGGCUCCAGGAUUGGAAGCUGACUUCUCCUCUUGAUCAAGAACCAGAUUUUGUUGGCUUUGAGAAAGAUUUAGAGAUAUUGGUGGCUCGAUUGAUGAAGGGGGAACUGUGCCGUUGUGUUAUUUCUGUAGUCGGAAUGGGUGGUCUUGGGAAGACGACUCUUAUGAAGAAAGUUUACAACGACACUCGUGUUAAGACACAUUUUCACUCUUCUGUAUGGAUUUCUAUAUCACAAGAGUAUGGUGUGAGAGAUCUUCUGCAGAACAUCGUAAAUUGCUAUAAGGUGAUCUCAGAAGAGGAGCUCAAGAAAUUGAAUGUAAUUCAGCUAAGGCAUAUAAUUUCAGAAUACUUGAAAGAGAAGAAAUACCUGAUUGUAUUAGACGAUGUAUGGACAUAUGAAGCAUGGGAUGUUCUCAAGGAUGCUUUCCCGAACAUGAAUAAUGGAAGUAGGGUCAUGCUUACCACGCGCAACAAAGACGUAGCUUUACACGCAGAUGCACGAAGCCAGCCCCAUGAACUGGGGUUUCUAAAUGAUGAAGAGAGCUGGGAAUUAUUCUGUAAGAAAACAUUCCCAGGACAUGUCAACAGCUGCCCUCAGUAUUUGGAGAAGUUGGGAAGAGAGAUUGUGAAAAAAUGCCAUGGUCUACCUCUUGCGAUCAUAGUCAUCGGAGGGCUCUUAUCAAGGAAAGAACCAUGGGAGUGGGAGAAUGUACACAAGAGCAUUAGUUGGCAAUUUAUUGAGGGAGAAGUCAAAAUCUCAUGUAUAUUAUCUUUGAGCUAUAAAGAUCUCCCCUAUUACUUAAAACCAUGUUUUCUCUACUUGGGGAUAUUUCCAGAAGAUUACGAGUUCCACGCUAAGAAGCUGAUUCAGUUGUGGGCAGCAGAAGGGUUUUUGCAGCAGAGAGGGGAUGAAAUGCUAGAGAAGGUGGGAGAAGAUUAUAUGAAAGAGCUGGCUCAACGAAAUAUGAUUCAACUUGCUAAAAGAAGUUCAAGCGGGCGUAUUAAGAGUUGCCGUAUUCACGAUCUCUUGCGGGAUCUUUCCAUAUCUGAAGCAAAGGAAAAUAUGUUUCUCCAUGUUGUUCAUGAGAAUGUGGGUGUGUCUUAUACAUUUAGAGCCCGUCGACUUGCAAUUCACCAUAAUGCCCUACGUGAGUACACAUUCUUAAAAUCGUUCACUCCACGCCUUCGAUCGUUGUUGAUCUACACUCAUGAAGUUGAUGAAAUGCUUGGAAGGAAACCAGAUAAGUUUCUUUACACAGGCUUUAAAUUUCUAAGGGUGUUAGAUCUACACAAUGUGAAAACAGAGCUACCAAGUGAGAUAGGUGCACUUAUCCACUUGAGAUACCUCAGCUGUACUAAGACUUGGUUAAAAAGGCUUCCAUCAUCAAUAGGCAAUCUUCGCAAUUUAGAAACCCUAAUUGUAACAUCUUUUUAUAAUAUCCAAGUACCCAGUACAAUCGAGAAGAUGCAACAGUUAAAAAAUCUCCAUGUGACGAGUGCAGGCGCCGAUGUUUUUUAUGUAAGUUGGGGUGUGAUAGAAGGGCAUCCACGACUCGAUUGGAUUAGCAACCUCCACACUCUAACGCGUGUAAAGGCUGGAAAAUGGAUGGAGGGUUGCUUGGGAAAGCUCACCAAUCUCAGAAAAUUAGGAAUAGGUUUAGGGGAAGGAGAGUUUGAUAAGGUAUUUUUUGAAUCCAUUGUUCAUUUAGAGUGCCUGCAGUCCUUAUUUGUGGCAGCAGGAUCCAAAUUCCCAGCAUCGGCAUCUUUCAAAAGCCUUUUCAAUUUACAUAAGCUGCAUUUGCAAGGAGAAUUAGAAGGACUAUCUGAGUCUUGUGAAUUCCCAGAAAAACUCAGCAAGCUUACCUUAAGAGACUCUUAUUUAAGGCGAGACCCUCUGGCGACGUUGGAGAAGCUGAAAAGCCUUCGCAUUCUCAGAUUGCUGGAAUAUUCGUACAUCGGAGUGGAAAUGGCUUGUUCUGCACAACGGUUUCUUCAACUGAAAUGCUUACAUCUUGAACGGUUAUAUCAAUUAGAGGAGUGGAGAGUGGAGGAAGGGUCGUUGCCAAGUCUUUUACAUUUACGGAUCAAUUACUGUGAGCAAUUGAAGAAGCUCCCCGAAGGACUGCAACAUGCGACUACGCUCAAGAAAUUGGAGUUGUGGAAUAUGCAUCCAUUGUUCAAAGCGAGGCUCCAGGAAAAAGAAGGAGAGGAUUGGAAAAAGAUUCAUCACAUACCUUCCAUCGACAUACACUAUAUGGAGUGAUUCUAAGCGCUUAUAUUCUCUCCUUGCAAGUUACAUUGGUGAGACUUCUUUCCCCUCUUCAUUUUAAUUUUCCUGUUAAUCGAUACUUGAAAUUUUAAAUUUGAAUUGAAGUAACUUAUUCUUUUAAAUGCUUUAAAUUCUUGCUAUGAAAAUCUACUGCUACUUUCUCACUUAGUUUAUAGCAUGCUAUAUUGGGUUUUAAUUAAAGAAAUCUUCAUAUAUAAGCUCUUGUUUUAAAGGAGAAGAAGCUACAUGGCACAUGUGAGGCGAUUGGACAUGACAUAGUAUAGUCGUGAUGGAAGUUUUUAUUUCCAUUUCAUUGUUAAUCUGUUGACUUCCUCAUGUCUGAAUUGUGUGAGAUAUUUGGGAUGAUGUUUUCAAACAGUAGCAUUCUGUGUGUGUUUUUCUUUAGUGUAUCUUAGCAGGGGCUCUAUUUUCUCUGCUCCAUCCGGAGUUCAGGUUUUGUGUGUCAUUUUCCUGGCAUGGCUCUUUGGCGGAGGGGGGGCCGGUUGGGGACAAGAUUCCGUAUAUUGCAGGGCAGCAUGUGGCUGUGUUGUUGAGUGUUCUCUUGCUCGGCUUAUCUGCCAGAUCUCUUCCUUGCUGUUUAAAUGGUUUGGAUUAUGUUAUGGCUUUCUGUGCAUAUUGUUUCCUGUUCGAUUUGGAGUGGGCUCUGUUUGGUUUGGGCGAAUGUUAUUUUCGUUUGGCGCAUGAUGUAGAGCGGGUCACGGACACUUUUAUGGCAAAGAUGGACCAGAGAAGGAUUAAUCAGAGGUGGAAGUGAUAGGACCGUCAGAACCUUAAAACAGUUGUAUCUCGCAGACUGAAAUGAGUUUUUCAACAUUCCAUAUAUGAUUUUGGGUAGGAGAAGCUACUUUAGCCAACCAACCCUUCUAUGCCGGGUUGUGCAAGCUGGAUUUGCGAGAUUACAUCAGAUCAACAGUCGAAAUUUCUUUUUAUUCCAUCAGAUCACGCUUAAUUCGAGAAACCUCUAUGAGGAGUCCAAAGAAGGUUCAUGGAUUUGGAGUAUUUAUUCUUGAGAAAGACGGUACUCGACCUCUUCACAUACUUCCCUGCUUCAGCUCAAGUCGGUGGUAUGGGCAGAAUAGGGGAGAUGCUGCUGGUGAAUGACAUGCUCUAUCCACCUCUGUUUAUUUUCUUUUAUGUUGCUCUUUUGUCUGGUGUCUCAGUAGCUUUCUUGUGUAUUUUUUGUUUCGGAAUUUACAUAAUAGGUGUGGCCCAGAAUUUUUUGUAUUGCCUUGCCAAACAAUAUACAGCCACAUGUGCUAAUAUAGAGCCAAUGCAUUUGAACU